UGUGUAUUAUUCAUGGGUGAUAGAUUGGAGGUGGUGGUACAUCAUGGGGGGUGGUUUGAAGAGUUUGAUCACAAUGGGUAUGUUGGAGCAGAUGUAAGUUGGUUUGUUGAUGAAGAUUAUUUUUCGUAUUUUGAGUUUGUUGGAGAGAUUAAGAAGAAAUUGAAAUACCCAAGUAUAGACACAAUGUGGUUUUAUGACCCACAAGAUGUAAAUGAGUUGGUUUUGUUGGAGGAUGAUAUGGAUGCAAAUAGAAUGAAAAAUAUAGCACGAAUGGAUGGAAGAGUCCACCUGUAUCUUAUGCAUCCAAUGGCUGAGCCUGAAUUCAUUGAAGCGAUUGAAUAUGGGUCUAUUGAGGGGGUAAAUGAAAAUGGGCCUGCAGAGGGAGUAAAUGAAAAUGGGCCUGCAGAGGGAGUAAAUGAAAAUGGGCCUGCUGAGGGAGUAAAUGAAUAUGGUCCAACUGAUGACUUAAAUGAUAAUGGGCCAAGUGAGGGAGUCAAUGAAACUGGCCCAACUGGCCCAACUGGCCCUACCGAGGGAGAUAAGGUUGGCCCUACUGCUGAAAAAGGGAAAGGUGUGAGAAUUGAUGAUGAUGUUAUUGAUGAUUUAUUAAAUGAAGUUGAGUAUGAUGAAGACAGUGAAGAUAGUGCCCUGGGAAUACACUUUGAUGAUUCAGAAGAAGAUUGUUUGCUUGAAGAUAACUUUGAGACUGUUGCGGAUGAGACUGUUGUGGAUGAGACUGUUGUGGAUGAAAAUGUUGUUGAUGAACCUGUGACCAAGGGAAAGGGAAAGAAAGGUAAGAAAGUGAGGCAAGAGUGUAAUGUUAGCAAACCAACAAGCAAGAAGGGAAGACCAAAAAAGAAGAAUAAUAACUCCAAUAUUUAUACUGUUGUUCAAGGUGCACAACAAACUGCACAAGGUGAUGAGUUAUUUGAAGAAGAUGUUGGGAAUAUUGACAAGAGUAAAUAUAAAGCCUUUGUUGGAGGAUUGAGUGAUAUUGAGGAUUAUAAUAGUGAGGAGCUAGAUAGUGGAAGUGACAGUGACAUUGAGAAUGAAGUUGAGGAUAGUGAGGAUGAAGAUGAGCAUGACACAGAAUGGCCUAGUAAUUACAAAUUGCCAACCUUUAAGAUGCCAUCAUCAAUGAGAGAUUAUAAGUGGGAGUCGGGAAUGUACUUUGCUUGUAAACAAGAGUUUCAAGAAGCAAUAAGAUGUUAUGCAAUCCAGUCUCAAAGAGCUAUUAAAUAUAAGAAGAAUGACAAGAAGAGGAUAAGGCUGAUUUGUAAAAGUGGUUGUGUAUGGAAUGCUUACUGUUCACAUAUUCCAGGGCAAGAAACUUGGCAAUUGAUGUUUGUUAAAGAUGAGCAUAAGUGUAAUAGGGAACCUAAGGUCAAAAUGCUUAGUGCCAAAUGGUUGGGAAAAAGAUUACAUAAGAAGGUUAAAGAGAAUCCCAAUUUGAAAUUGAUUGAUAUUAUGGAGAAAACACAACAAAAAUGGAAUUUAAAGAUAUCUAAGAGCAAAGCAUCUAAAGCCAGGGGUAUUGCUUUUGAUUUAGUAGAUGGGUCAUUUAGAGAACAAUACACUAGGUUUUAUGACUACUCCCAUGAAUUACUAAGAUCAAACCGUGGUUCAACAGUUAUAGUCACUACUACACCAUUUCAAGGUGAUGAGGCUGACUUGGAACAUCCUGAAAGGCCUUUGUGUCCACAUUUCCAAAGGGCUUACAUUUGUUUCAAGGGAUGUAAGGAAAGUUUUUUAAUCUAUAGGCCAAUAAUUGGUUUAGAUGGGGCAUUUCUUAAAGGAUAUUAUGGUGGUCAGAUACUAGCUGCAAUUGGAAGAGACCCUAAUGAUCAAAUGCUACCCAUUGCAAUUGUUGUGGUUGAGGGUGAAACAAAAGAGACUUGGAAAUGGUUUUUGGAGCUGUUAACCAAUGACUUAGGAGGCACAAGAGCUUGUUCUUUAAUCACUUUCAUAAGUGACCAACAAAAGGGACUACUUCCAGCAAUGGAUGAGUUACUUCCAGGUGUUGCCCACAGAUUUUGUGUGAGACACUUGUACAACAAUUUCAAAAAGAAAUUUCCUGGAAAGAAAUUAAAGGAAUUGAUGUGGAAGGCUGCAAAUGCAACUUAUGUUAAUGCAUGGCAUAGGGAGAUGCAAGAGAUCAAGACUAUAAAUAUUGAGGCAUUCAAGCAUUUAAUCAAAAUACCACCAAGACAUUGGAGCAAAUCAUAUUUCACACCUGAGGCAAAAUAUGACACAUUGGUCAACAACAUGUCUGAAGCUUUCAACUCAGUGAUUGUUGGUGCACGAGCCAAGCCUAUAGUGACAAUGCUUGAAGAAAUUAGAGUGUAUAUGAUGGAGAGAUGGGAAACCAAUAGACAAAAAAUUGGGAGAUAUGUUGAAAGCAUCCUACCAAACAUAAAAAAGAAGCUUGAAAGAGAGACAUCAUUCAGCAACAAUUGGAUGGUCAGGCCUGCUGGUUAUGAAUUGUUUGAAGUUAGGCACAUUUCAGCUAGUGGUGACCAUGAAGAGAGCUUUUCAUGGAAUUGUUUGUGGUAAUUGUAAAAGACCUGGUCACAACAAACAAACUUGCAAACAACCACCACCACCACCACCACAAGCACCACCUGCCUCAACACAACCUAGUACAUCACAAGCUCCUGCUUCUGCAAGACAACCUACUGCUUCUGCUUCUGCACAACCUUCUACUUCUGCACAACCUCCUGCUUCUGCAAGUCAACCUACUGCUGCUGCUUCUGCAACAAGACAGCCUGCUGCUGCUUCUGCAA